AUUUUUUUUAUAAAGGUCGCGUAUUAACAUAAAUUUCUUACUAAAGGUAUUUUUUUUUGCUUUAUAUUUCCUUAUUUCCCUUGCGCUGAUAAAAUAUACAGAUUUUUUAGGAAAUAAUUAUUGAAAUGAAUGCUAAAGAACAUUUGGAUGAAGUCACGGGAGAGAAGGUAUCCAAGAGUGAAUUGAAGAGACGUCAAAAACAACGGGAAAAAGAAGCCAAGAAGGCUGCAGCUUCUGCUAUUGAAAAUUCUGAAAAGCCUGAAAAAACUGACGAGGAAACCUUAAACCCUAACCAAUAUUUUGAAAUUAGAUCCAAGCGUAUUCUUAAACUUCGAGAAUCUCGUCAGCCUAAUCCUUAUCCACAUAAAUUUCAUGUGACUCUUUCCAUUCCGGCUUAUAUUAAAAAAUAUGGUGACAUUGAAUCCGGUCAACAUUUAGAUGAGGUCGUUCAGGUUGCUGGUAGAAUACAUAAUAUAAGAAGCGGUGGAGCCAAGUUAAAGUUUUAUGAUUUACACGGAGAAGGUGUUAAGAUUCAAAUUAUGGCUCAAGCACAAGAUUCUGAGCGAGAUUUUGCCGAAGUUCAUGACAUACUUCGACGUGGAGAUGUUGUAGGAGUCCGUGGCUGUCCAGGAAAAUCCAAACAUGGUGAACUAUCAAUUUUUCCUAAAGAUGUUAUUCUACUUUCACCUUGUUUGCAUAUGUUGCCCAAAGCACAUUAUGGGUUUAAAGAUCAAGAGACACGUUUCCGUCAACGUUAUCUUGAUUUAAUUAUGAAUAAUUUUGUCCGAGAUAAAUUCAUAAUUAGAGCUAAAAUUGUAAACUAUGUUAGAAGAUUUUUGGAUAAUCUUGGGUUCCUUGAGGUUGAAACUCCAAUGAUGAAUAUGAUUGCUGGUGGAGCUACAGCCAAACCAUUUAUCACUCAUCAUAAUGAUCUCAAGCUUGACCUCUUUAUGAGAGUUGCACCAGAAUUGUAUCUUAAGAUGCUUGUAGUUGGUGGACUAGAUCGUGUAUAUGAAAUCGGCAGACAAUUUCGUAAUGAAUCUAUUGAUCUUACGCAUAAUCCUGAAUUUACUACAUGUGAAUUUUAUAUGGCAUUUGCUGAUAUGUAUGAUUUAAUGGAAAUUACCGAAAGCAUGCUUUCAAGCAUGGUUAAAUAUAUAACGGGAGAUUAUAAGAUUGUUUAUCAUCCUCAAGGUCCUGAUGGACCCGCUAUGAACAUAGAUUUUACUCCACCAUUUAAGAGAGUUAGUAUGAUUGACACUCUGGAGGAAAAAUUGUGCGUUAAAUUUCCACCAGCAUCUGAGCUUCAUACAGAAAAAACUGCUAAAUUUCUUCAGGAACUUUGCGAGAAACAUGAAAUAGAAUGUUCUCCUCCAAGAACUUGUGCAAGAUUACUAGAUAAACUUGUGGGUGAAUUUAUUGAAGUUGAUUGUGUAUCACCAACAUUUAUUACUGGACACCCACAAAUGAUGUCGCCGCUAGCUAAAGCUCAUAGGAACAUUGAAGGAUUAUGUGAACGUUUUGAAUUAUUUGUAGCUACCAAGGAAGUUUGUAACGCUUAUACUGAAUUAAAUGAUCCUUUUGAUCAACGUGAAAGAUUUGAAGAACAAGCUCGUCAAAAGGAACAAGGUGAUGAUGAAGCUCAACUUAUUGACGAGACAUUUUGUACUAGUUUGGAAUAUGGUUUAGCACCAACUGGAGGCUGGGGAAUGGGUAUAGAUCGACUUACCAUGUUCUUAACUAAUAGUUCAAAUAUUAAGGAAGUUUUACUUUUCCCCGCCAUGAAACCUAUCGAAGAAAAACCAAAUCUUGGAGAUCAAAGUAAUCCGAGUAUUAAUGAGAGUCUUUAUAUUUAAAGAAAAAAUUCUGUCGAAUAUUUUAUCAAUUAAAAAAAAGUAUUAUUUUAUAAAGAAUAUAUAUUCCAGAACAUUUUAUGUAUUUGCUAGCUGUCAUAAUUAAAUUAAAAAAUU